AUGUCGACGAUAACAACAACAGCGCUUCAAACCUCAUACCCACCUUUCCUCCCAAAAGCCUUCAAUGACAACCAACCUAAAAAUAUCCGCCUCUACCCUCUCUCAAACUACACAUUUGGUACCAAAGAGACCCAACCAGAAGAAGACCCCUCAGUUCUAGCACGACUCAAGCGCCUCGAAGAGCAUUAUGUAGAGCAUGGAAUGCGCCGAACAUGCGAAGGAAUCCUAGUUUGCCACGAGCACAACCAUCCUCAUAUCCUCAUGCUUCAAAUCGCAAACGCGUUCUUCAAGCUCCCCGGCGAUUACCUAAAGCCGGAAGACGAAGAGAUCGCGGGGUUUAAGGAGCGCUUGAAUGAGCGAUUGGCGCCGGUGGGGAGUCAAUUCAGCGGCGAGGGCGUUAAUGAGGAGUGGGAGAUUGGUGAUACGCUGGCGCAAUGGUGGAGACCGAAUUUCGAGACUUUUAUGUAUCCGUUCAUCCCUGCGCACGUUACUAGGCCGAAGGAGUGCAAGAAAUUGUAUUUCAUUCAGCUGCCUAGACAAAAGGUUCUCAGCGUCCCGAAGAAUAUGAAGCUUCUCGCUGUUCCCCUCUUCGAGCUCUACGAUAACACAGCAAGAUAUGGACCCCAAUUAUCAGCAAUCCCGCAUCUACUAUCGCGGUAUAACUUCGAGUUCGUCGAUGAGAAUGGCCAGGUGGUGGCUGUUACUCCAGGUGGUGGUCCAUCAGAAGAUGGAUACGUGCCCAAGACGCGGGUCCUAGCCGGAGGGGAUGAGGAGAUGAAGGAGGAUAGCGUCAAAGCCGAAAAUGGCACUUCAUGA